AUGACCAGCAUCCAAAAUCCACUCUUCUCCCCACUUAUAGACUUUAAAGCAAUGAAGCUUUAUAUAAUAAAAACUGGCCUGGCCGGAGAAACUUGUUGCGUCUUUUUCUCAAAUCUGGAUUUGCCGUCUCUCUCCAUCUCUCUCUCUCUCUCUCUCGAUCUCUCUCAAUUGUUGAUCGCCAUGGAAGGAGGUGGAACACUAUCGGAGCUGUAUCAUAGUUCCAAAAGAUUGCUUAUCCGAACCAGAGACGGUCUAGAAAGGCUUGAACGUCUUGAAUUCUCAUCAAAUGCCAUCGAUUCUCCCGAUCUCUCUACCGCCAUCAGAAAAGAUAUCACUCAGAUCCAGUCCUUAUGUGUCGAGAUGGACCGCUUGUGGAGUUCCAUCGCCGCCAAAUCUCAGCGAGAUCUAUGGAAAAGAAAGGUAGAACAAGUUGCUGAAGAGGCUGAUUCAAUUAGAGAAAGUUUGGAUAGAUAUUUAGUUAGGAAUGAAAAACGAGUUCAAGAAGUUAAAGAUAGGGCUGAACUUCUUGGAAGAGCUAAUGGAGAAUCGUCUCAUAUUUUGAGGAUAUUUGACGAAGAGGCGCAAGCUAUGCAAUCGGCUCGUAACUCGUCUAGGAUGCUGGAAGAAUCGUAUGCUACUGGAGUUGCUGUUCUCGCCCAAUAUGCUGGCCAAAGAGAGCGGUUAAAGAGAGCACAAAGGAAGGCACUGGAUGUGCUGAACACAGUUGGGCUGUCGAAUUCAUUGUUGAGGCUCAUUGAAAAGCGACACCGCGUUGAUAGAUGGAUCAAGUACGUUGGCAUGUUCUUCACAAUCAUCAUACUCAUUGCAUUUUGGAGAUGGACUCAUUAAAGCCAACUUUGAUACACAUUCGGCUUUUUAUAGCAACUGCAUGCAUCAAAACAACAGUUGGUUUCAGAAUCAGAAGAUAUCUCAAGUAUGCAUGCAAUUCAAUAUCAUGUGAAUUUUAAAUCGCUAUUCCUUUCUCCUCCUUCUAUAAGAAGAACUGUAAAUGGAGUUCAUGAUUAGCAAACCAUAAUGGAUAUAGACACUAGUAUUUUUGUAAUAUAGAUACUAGUGGAUUGCAAAUUGUAACUGAUGGUUUUGUUUUCAUUCUAAAACAACACCAUUUCAUCUUGUUUUCUCA